UUUGUUAAAGGUCGGAGAUCUCGAUUGUUUAGUGCAAUGGCUUCGACGACAGUCGGAUCUGGGUUCGAGGCGGGGAUGAGGUCGUGAAGCCGACGAGUCGUUGGUUUGUUGCUUUGUUCUUGGGAUGAAUCACGGAUAAUAAACAUCGAAUUUACAAAUCGCAAGUCAAUGUUAAACUACUCUAAAAGAGAUCCCGCAACAGUCGAUUAAAUAUGCUACUACGGAACGAACAAUCUCGGGGAUGUAAUUGAUCGCCGUCUUGCCGCAAUUCAUGGCGGACGUGUUAAGCCUAAUGCGGUUGUUCUAGACGAAAAAUGCAAAAGCGAGAAUUAAAAGAUAAUUCUCGCCAAGAUAACCCGAGGAAGUAUAAGAUAUCCGACUUUAAAGCCAUGCACACUUACACGUCAGCCAGGCAGUCGUCAUCUGGUAAUUCGGGGGUCCUGAUGGUCGGUCCCAAUUUUAAAGUUGGUAAGAAGAUCGGAUGUGGGAAUUUUGGCGAGUUAAGACUCGGUAAAAACUUGUAUAACAAUGAACAUGUUGCUAUUAAAUUGAUAAAAAGAGUUGCAGAAAAGAACAUAAGGUACCAAACAUUAUUUUCUCCUAUACAUUACAUGUCAUUAUAUAUACUUUCUUUUUUUAAUUUCUUUAUAGAAGGCAUUCCUAAAGUAUAUUAUUUUGGACCUUGUGGAAAAUAUAAUGCACUGGUUAUGGAAUUGUUAGGACCUAGUCUUGAAGACCUGUUUGAUUUGUGUGAAAGGAAGUUUAGUCUUAAAACAGUACUAACUAUUGCUAUCCAAUUGUUACAUCGUAUAGAAUAUGUCCAUUCCAAACACCUUAUUUAUAGAGAUGUAAAGCCAGAAAAUUUUUUAAUCGGAAGACAGUCCACUAAAAGACAUAACAUUAUUCAUAUCAUAGAUUUUGGUUUAGCAAAAGAAUAUAUAGAUCCAGAAACAAAUAAGCAUAUACCAUACAGAGAACAUAAAAGUUUAACUGGAACAGCAAGAUAUAUGAGUAUAAAUACGCAUCUUGGCAAAGAACAAAGUAGAAGGGAUGAUUUAGAGGCACUUGGACAUAUGUUUAUGUAUUUUUUACGAGGCAGCUUGCCGUGGCAGGGUUUAAAAGCAGAUACUCUAAAAGAACGAUAUCAAAAAAUAGGAGAUACUAAAAGAGCUACUCCUAUUGAAGUGUUAUGUGAAGGUUAUCCAG